AAUCUCCGUAUAUUUUCAUUUUAUUCUUUGAGCUUGACGAGACGACGGCGAACGUUCGUUUCACGCCUGCGCCCACCCCUCUUUUCCUUCUCCUUUCUUCGCUUGGCUUGACCGCCUUGCGGUCCCUUUCUCCUUCUCCUCGUUCGGUCCACGCACGCCUGCAGAAAAUAUCGAAGCUUCCGAGAAGAAGAUCCGUGUGAAGACCGCCACAGCGGAGAAGGGAGCGAGUGGCGGAGCCCGCCCACCUCAACGUCUGACUUCAACAAUUCUUUCCCUUUACUUAUAAUGAUACACAAUUGAACUUCUAGAGGAUUGGAAGAAGGUAAAGGAGAAUUUUUAUUCUCGCGGUGGGAAGUUUCCCGUGGGUUUUUUUGAUUUAAUUGGCCGUUGGAAUCGGGGAAAUCCAGUCACGCUUUGCUUGCUGAUCGGCGGAGGACGCUAAAAGGAGUUCUUGUUCUUGGCCUGUUGAUCGAUAAAUUUUAACGAGGGAGGAGUAGUGAUAUGUGGAGGGCCAAACAGGUAUGGUAUUGAAUUAGUAUGGGAGUGAUUGGACUUUUGGAUGCUCGUCAUGACGCUUUACGUCGUUCGUGAGUCUUCCAAGCUAUGGAAGAGGGUUUUCACGGAAACUUCUGUGGAACUUAAGCUUCUCAGGGAGAAGUGGAAGCUAUUGCUAGCCGGACUCAUAUUUCAGUAUAUUCAUGGGUUGGCUGCACGAGGAGUUCACUAUCUACAUCGACCUGGCCCAACUCUUCAAGAUCUUGGGUUUAUGAUCCUUCCGGAACUAGGGAGAGAAAGAGGUUACAUCAGUGAGACUCUUUUCACUUUCCUGUUUCUGUCCUUCGUACUGUGGACCUUUCAUCCGUUUGUUUACAGCAGCAAACGCUUCUAUACUGUUCUGCUUUGGCGUAGGGUUUUGGCUUUUCUAGUUGCUUCUCAAAUGCUAAGAAUCGUAACUUUCUACUCUACCCAGCUUCCUGGUCCUAACUAUCACUGCCGCGAGGGAUCGAAGCUUGCCAGACUGCCUCCACCAGAGAGUGUGUAUGAAGUACUCCUUAUUAACUUUCCUCAUGGAGUCGUAUAUGGUUGUGGUGAUCUCAUAUUUUCAUCCCACAUGAUAUUUAUACUAGUUUUCACCAUUACAUAUCAUAAAUAUGGCUCUAAAAGCUUGAUUAAGUUUUUUGCUUGGGUCAUUGCCAUCAUUCAGAGUUUGCUUAUAGUUGCUUCCCGUAAGCAUUACACAGUUGAUGUAGUUGUCGCAUGGUAUACAGUAAAUUUAGUGGUAUUCUUCAUCGACAAGAAACUACCAGAAAUGCCUGACCGUUCCAGUGGCUCCCAACAAUUGCUGCCAUUGAGCGCCAAGGAAAAAGAUGGAAAGUUUAGAGAAGUUAGAGAAGAUAGCAAGUUACUGAAUGGAAAUUCAGUAGAUGCAGCUGAUUGGAGGCCAAGGAUGCAAGCGAAUGGUAAGCAUGAAGAUGGCAAGCACAUGCACUCUGAAUCUGCUCUAAAUGGGGCAUAGGAAAAGCCACUGGGAAGUGUACCGCUCCAAUUUUGAUCUUGAAAUGAAGCCUGCAACCUUUUUUGGUCCUUUUUAUCUUGUUCAUAUAUUUUUUUUAUUUCUCAAAAUUUGUAACGAUUCUUUAUGCAACAAGAAAAUAAAUGUAGACUUCCUCGUCGCUUUAAACUGCGUUUCCUUGUGGAAAAGUGAAGUGGGAUAAUAAUAAUAAAAAAAAAGGGUUUCCAUCUAAA